CAGAUUUGUCUGCGGGGUAUCGGCACUUCCGAGUACCUCCAAAGUCGGGAGUCCAGAUAUCGUAGAUGUCGGACCAUCUUGAAGCCGAGAUCCGGUGCCCGUCCCUCGGGUGUGACCCUCUGUCACAAGUUUUGCGUCAAUACGUUGAUAAGGCAAGCGGUUAUUUCCAAUUGGAGUUUGGCCCCACAAGUGACCCCUCCAUGUCCGAGACUUCGUAAGCACUCCGGCGGCUGCACACAUUUCCAUUGGACAGCGCUGGACGCACGCCUCCAUAGCCCACACAGGAGUCCAGUCUGGCGAACACGACAUGGAGUCUACUGGGAGAUAAGCCGUCACAUGAUGGACUAUCUCUAAGACACGUAUUGAUCCGGAUCUGGAGGCCAUUCCAGUCUGGAUACCUCUGCGCUUAUCUUCAGCAGACAGAUAAAUUGGCAAGCUUUUAUCAUUCGCAUCUCAGUACUCGUAUACUACGCCUCAUAUAGAUACCACCAUACGCCAUGGCUAUCGCUCAGCUUACCACUAUCGACGCAUCUCAGCCUCUCGAGAAGAUCAUCGAGAUCAUUGAGAGAGAUGGGGGUGUCAUCGUCGCCAACUUUCUCUCACCCGAGCUACUCAAGCAGACAAUGGAUGCCAUUGAGCCUCACUUCGGCAAGCGCGGCAUCUACCAGUCCAAGGCCACUCACAACGAGCUUGGUCAGGACUUCUUCCCCGAGGGUUCUCAGCGAGUCUAUGGUCUCUUGUCGAAAAUCACCGAGCCUCUUAUCAACAUUGUGCGAUUGCCUGUGUGGCAGGGAGUGAUGAGCAGGUUCCUUAACGACGAAUACUUCUCCUACACUGGCGAGAAUUUCCUUCCCCAGAAGAGUGGUUACAUGCUCGCGUCGACUGCUGCCCUCCGAUUGGUUCCCGGUGCGAAGCCCCAGCCUCUUCACCGAGAUCAAAUCGCCUACCAAACUCGACCGGAGCCCAGCAACCCCUUCUUCACUCCCAUGGUCGGCUGUCUCAUCGCCGGCUCAAGAGCCACCAAGAAGAACGGCGCUACCGCUGUCAUUCCCGGAUCCCACUUGUGGCCUCCUACCAGAGCCCCCAAAAUCGACGAGUGCACCUACGCCGAGAUGGAGCCUGGAUCUGCUCUCUUCACUCUUGGCUCCACCUACCACGGCGCUGGAGAGAACAAAUGUGCCCCAGAAGACCCGGAGGCGUUGCGUACUCUCUUUGCAGUCUUUGCUCAACGAGACUACUUCAGACAAGACCAGGAGGAGAUUCUGACUACUCCUAUCGAGCUUGCGAGGACGUUCCCGGAUGAUAUACUGAGGAUCGCAGGCUACUACAAAGCCGUCGGUGGUGUAGGAUACGUCGAAGACCAUCAGGAUGUGGUUGACUUUUUGAAGUCUGAGGACACUGCUGUCGGCAGGUUCAAGUAAGAGGAGAGAUAUCGAUCUGCGGGUGUGGUGUCUGGAAUGCGUUAUUGUCCGUCUGUUUUGGGUUCUUCGUCGUUGUUGCGCGUGUGUCUGAUGAUAGAGUGUACUAUCGCGAUAUCGAAACCCCUUUUCUACCAGUCUAUAUGUCGCCAUGUAUAUCUAUCCGCAAGCG